AUGCCGGUACCGGGAUUCGAAGGAUCGCUGCUGGAUUUCGUCAUGCGGGAAACGGAAGUCCUACACGGAAAGGUUCGGCGCUACACAAGCCCCACGGAACGGCCGUUCUUCCCUGAUGCCAUUCCGCCGCUUAUUCUGCCUCCAUUGAACUACCCCAGAUUGCAGAGCCGGGAGGCGAUAGUAAAAGAUGUGACUGUAGCGAAGAGGGACUCGACGCUCGUUAAGAAGUUACUGAAGCUGAAGGAAGGGUUGAUGGAGCGGCGGGCGGCGCAGAUGCAAGGCGCGCUGCGAUGGCUCACGGAGGUGUCUGCCAAUCUGAGACCGCCUCUGCUGGCACUUGUAACGAAUCGCCUUGAAAGGGACGCGAUAAACGCGUAUUUCUUCACUCUUGGUUCGGGUCUCAAGUCACUCGGAUACGCCAUUGAGGUGAUAGCGCAGGAAGGAGGGCCCAUGGCGGACGCGUGGCGGGGCCUGGCCGUGCGUGUGACUGUAACGGGGUGCCACAACACGAGCCUAAAUCACAUUGACUGGCUGGAACGCGUUCCUCCUUUCCUCUCCCGCACCACCUCUCUCCCGCACCUCUCGUCUGCCUUGCAAUUCCGCCUUGCUGCCGCUCGUGGGCCUUCCUUCCCUCCCUUGCGCAGCUACCAGGGAGUUUUGGCGAACUCGUUAGAAGCCGCUCCGUUUGUUGCCAAAUUGGCCCAAGAACCAUUCACCGAGGUCCCGCUGGUGUGGGUCGUGCACGAGGCUGACGUGGCGGACAGGCUGGCAGUGUACGAGUCCAGUCAGCAUCUCCAGGGGCUGAGGCAGCAGUGGGUGGAUAUUUUCGCUCGUCCUGACGCCCUCCUAUUCCCCUGCAUGGCACUUAAAGAGCGAUAUCAGCCCUUGAACACUGGAAACUUCUUGGUAAUUCCCGGCUCGCCCACGUGGACGUACGCCGCGUCCCGAUUCGCCGCGUCGCACUCGCCAGAGUCGGAGCGGGCGGCGCGUCAGAUCCCGCCUGACACGUUCACUGUAGCAGUGGCGGGAAACCAGCGGGUGUACCAGGGAAAGUGGCGGGAAAGGGCAAUGGCCAUGCAUGCCGUUCAGUCAUUGGUCCAGCCGCCUGGUAUGGGGUGGGGGUCGAUCUGGGGUUGGAUGGGAGGGGAUUUUGCGGGAAAGGGAGGAGGGGAUGGAGAGGGAGGAGGGGAAGGGAGUGGAGGAAGGGGAGGUGGAGUGGGAGGGGUAGGAGGAAGGGAGCAGAGAGGAGGGGGGAGAGGGAGAGGAGGAGAGGGGAACCAGAAGGAGCGUGAGGGGGUUUCUGCAGUGGAAAGAGCCCAUGUGGUGUUUAUGGGUAGCUGGAACAGGUCAGGGUCGCAGUCGCAGCUGGCGGUGCUUAAGGUGGUAGCGAAGCAGCUGCUUAUAGCGAAUCUGACGUGGGGAGUGGGGGAGGCGGAGGGGGAGGAGGGCAUGGGCGUGCUGUUGGCGAGUGAUGUGGUGGUGUGGAGUUCGGUUGAGGAGGAGAGGGAGGUCAACCCGCUGCUGGUGAAGGCGCUCGCUCUGGGGAAGGUGAUUGUGGUUCCAAAACUGAUCAAGAUCCGAGCAGAGUUGACCAAUGGCGUGCAAGCUCUUUUCUACGACCCGGGAAAGGAACCUUCCAUGAAGCAGGCGCUUCUUAAAGCCGCAUCGCUCUCGCAGUCUGACGCGCUUGCCAUGUCAGCAUCGGGGCGCGAGCUCUCAUUGGCCCUGGGCGCGCGCAGCGUGGUUAAGGAGGUAGCGAGGCUCCUAGAGCGGGUUAUGGAAGGGGGCGUGGGGAUUAGAAGCCCUAGGCCGGCGGAUUGGCUGUGGUGGGAUAAGAAGCAGGCGUGGAUGUGGGGCGAGGAGGGCGGGUGGGGGGUUGGGGAAGCGGAAGAGGAGGGAGAGGGGGAGGAGGAGGAGGGGGAGAGAUUGGAUGUAGGUGGGAGUGUGGAGGAAGGGGAGGCAGAGAUAAUGAGAGGAGGGGAGAGUGGGGCUAUUGGAGGGAGGAAGGUGAUACUAACAGAAGGUGAAUAUAAGGGGCGACGGAUGGGUUUGAAGGAGGGAGGCAAGUUAGGGGAGAGCAGUAAGGAAGGGGUGAUGGGGUUGGGAGCGGAAGAGAGAGGGGAUGUGGUAAGGAGGGACGGGAGGGGUGAUGGGAGUGUGAGGAGUGAGGGAGGGAGUGAGGGAGGGAGUGAGGGAGGGAGUGAGGGAGGGAAUGUGGGAGGGAGUGAGAGGAGGAAGAGUGUGGUUCUACAGAUGGAGGAGGAGUGGGAGGAGUUGAGGAGAAGGGAAGCGGCGCUGCUGAUGGGAGACAAGACGAGGGAUAGCAUGCUCAUGGCCGAGAUGGAUGGUGCUGAGGACGUGGUGGUGGGAGGUGGGGCAGGGGGGUUUGAGACGCGUCAAAAGGCGCUGCUGAUGGGAGACAAGACGAGGGACAGCACGCUCAUGGCCGAAAUGGAUGGGGCUGAGGAGGCGGUGGGAGGUGGGGCAGGUGCUAGUAGAGAAGGGAAUAAGGGCAUCACAGACGCGAGGGCAGGAGGAGGAGGAGGAGCAGCAGCAGCAGUGGCAGCAGGAGUGUCUGAGCUGAAAGCGCCCGAGGAGCAACUGGAGGCUGACAUUCUGUGGGAUCGCAGGGAGCACGAGUCACUGUCAUGGGAGGAGGUGAAGGUGGGCGUGAAGCGGGCGGAGAGGAGUGGGCUGCAUGAGAGGGACGACGGCGACCUCGAGCGAUCCGGCCAGCCCAUCUGCAUCUACGAGCCGUACACUGGGAACGGAUCCUGGCCGUUCAUUCACGACAAGGAUACCCUGUACCGGGGAGUUAGCCUGUCCCGCUCCUCCCGCCGCCCCAACCUAUACGACGAUGUGAACGCGUGGGCGCGCCUCCCCAUGCUCGCCUCGCCCUACUACCGGGACGUUUUAUGUGACUUUGCAGCCAUGCUGGCGAUUAAUUACCGCAUAGACCGAGUCCAUAGGAACCCCUGGAUCGGCUUCCAGCCGUGGCGAGUCCGGGUUGGGCCCCCAUCCUCUCCUCCCCGUACCACUGUUCCCCUACUCACCUCCCCCAUCCUUUUCCCCUCUUGUUCCCCGUCCGUGCAGUCGCGCUCCUCCCGGCGCCCCAACCUAUACGACGAUGUGAACGCGUGGGCGCGCCUGCCCAUGCUCGCCUCCCCUUACUACCGGGACGUUUUAUGCGACUUUGCAGCCAUGCUGGCUAUUAAUUACCGCAUAGACCGAGUGCACCGGAACCCCUGGAUAGGCUUCCAGCCCUGGCGGGUCCGGGCGGAGAAUGUGGGGUUGAGUAGCGCGGCGGAGAAGGCAUUGGUUGGGACUAUAGAGGGCGGGACUGUAGCGGAUGCGGUAGUGUACUGGGUUAGUACUGUAGACCAGGUGGUGAUUCAUCGGGACCCGAGGAGUGCGGCGUUGGGGGAGGAUGGGGAGACGGUGGGGGGAGGGGGAGGGGGAGGGGGAGGGGGAGGGGGAGGGGGAAGUGGAGGCGGAGGAGGAGGGGGAGGUGUGGGAGAGCAUGGGGGGAAGGUGGAUGGGGGAGGGGAGUCAGGGAGAGGAGUGGGGAAGAUGCGUGUUGGGGGGUUGGAGGAGCGAGCAGGGGAUGUCUUUUGGACGACGUGUGACAUGAUGAACCGCGGUAACUGCAGAGCUGCAUUCUUGGAGGCCAUGCGGCUGGUGUACAGUCUGCCCUCCAACUGGACCACCCUGCCGCCCAUGCCCACCGGAGGGGGUACCUGGUCUGCCAUGCAUGCAUGGGCCAUGCCGGCUCACAACUUCGUGGAGUUCAUGCUGUUUGCACGCAUGUUUGUUGAUGCUCUGGAUGUGAAGUUCUACCAGAGACAUGCAGCACACGGCACGUGCCCCCUGGCCCAGAGCCAUGCAGAGGAGCGGCACUGCUACUGCCGAUUGCUCGACAGACUCGUGAACGUGUGGGCGUAUCACAGCCGAAAGAGAAUGCUGCUUCUGAACCCGCACACUGGCACGCUUAAAGAGCAACACCCUGUUCCCACGCGCUCUAAGUCCCGCUCCCGGCGCGCCUGGUUCCAAUGGUUCUCCCGGCCGGCACUUAAAGCCAUGGAUGAGGAGCGGGCAGAAGAGACGGACGACCCCGCCCACGCGAUCAACGGGCGGCGGUGGCUUUGGCCGCAUCUGGGGGAGGUGCAAUGGCAGGGGUCGAUUGAGCGGGAUAGGAUGUUUAGAUUGUGGCAGAAGGGGCAGAAGGAGAGGAGGAAGAAGGAAAGAUUGGCUAGGAUGAGAGUGAGAUAUAAGCAGGAGGCGUUGGGAGGGCCGGUUGUGAAGACACUGGGAGAAGUUGGGGGCGUGGGGAUGGGGAGGAAUGGGAGUGUUGUGGAGGGGGGAGAGGAGGGGAAGAGAGGAAGUGGUGAGGGCGGCGGCAUUGACAGGAGUAGUGGUGUAAGCAAGAAGAGUAGCAGCAGCAGUAACAGGGACACUUCUCAGGAGGAGAGCAAAGAGGAUAGUGACACAAGGUGA